AUGUUAUUCACUUAUAAAGGUGAGGAAUAUAGUAGCAAAGAUGUAUGGUACCUCGAUACUAGAGCAAGCAACCAUAUGAGCGGAAACACGGAGUUAUUCACAAAGUUGAACGAGAAUGUUCAAGGAGAAGUAACUUUUGAAGAUCCAUCAAAUGUUCCAAUCAAAGGCAAAGGAAAGAUUAUGAUUUUCACAAAGAAUGGGGAUAGAAAAUACAUUUCUGAUGUCUUCUAUAUCCCAUCUUUGAAAAGUAAUCUCCUUGGUUUUGGUCAGUUUUUGGAGAAAAGAUACAAUAUUCACUUGAAGAAUAAUUCUCUCAUCAUUAGAAAUCAAAAGGGAGAAUUGAUUGCAAAAGUCGAUAUGACAAGAAAUUUCAUAUUCAAGCUAAACAUCCAGAGGAAAGAAAUAAGAUGCAUGAAGUCCAUCACAAAAGAUAGUUCAUGGUUGUGGCAUCUCAGAUUCUGUCAUCUUGGACUCACUGGCCUAAAAUUGUUGUCAAAAGCAAAUAUGGUGAAUGGAUUGCCACAAAUAAAUCAUCCAUAUCAGUUAUGUGAUAGUUGUAUGAAAGGAAAGAAGCACAAACAAAGCUUUAAAGUUGGCAAGUCAUAG